GUUUUUUUCGAUUCAGACGGAUUGGUAGACGCUUGUGACAUUGAAUUCCGUAAAAAAAUAAAUAAUUAUAAAUUGUCUUGGAAAAUUGUGUGUUAAACUGAGAAAAAAGCAGGAAAAUGUCGAAACGAUCCUCGGACCGCAAUGAAAAGAGUGAAGAUACGCCGCCAAUGUCGCGUCUUUUUGUGAUUUGUGGCAAAAAUCACACCGAAGAGGAAUUUCAAGAGGCGUUCGGUCCUUAUGGAAAUGUCGAAGAGAUUUAUAUGGUUAAGGAUAGAGCAACGGGCGAGCGCAAAGGCGUCUGUUAUGUGAAAUUCAGCAAAACGAGUGAAGCGGCGAAAGCGUUAGAGGCUUUAAAUGGGAAAUCCAUCGGAGCGGAGGGCCGUUCGAUCAAAGUUGUCGUUGCGUCGAGCCGUGACAAGGGUAACAAACGGUAUGCCGACGAGGAAGAACGUUAUCUGAGACUUUUUGUAAUAAUCCCGAAAGAAAUGACGGAAGACCAAUUACGCGACGAGUUCCAACAGUACGGAAACGUAACAGACAUUACUAUCCUGCAUAGUAAAAAUACGAAAGAUGGCAAGUGCUUUGCCUACAUAAAAUUUAAAAAGUUCUCGGACACGGCGAACGCCAUCGAGAAUUGCGACCCGAAAUACAAAGCGGUGUUUGCGGAACCGAAACCCUCGAAAAAUGACAAUAACACCAACAACAUGAAUACCAUGUCGUCCUACAUGAAUUCCUACUCGGACAUGAUGCCCCUGGGACGCUCUGGCGGCGGCGGAGGACCACUUUACGACAGAGACCGUGACACGCGACGCAUGUCCGAUGAUUUACCGCACUUUGGAAUGUCCGCCAUGCCUGCGAUGCAGCAAGAGACGACCCUGAACGUCAUUUGCUCGCCCCAGUUGACGCAAGACCAGUUAUGGCGACUUUUUGACAUCAUACCGGGACUUGACUAUUGUCGGCUGCACGACGACAUGGGACGCUCCAAUACCGCAACUGUCGUCUACACGAGCUACCAAGCCGCCAAGUAUGCCAAGGAGAAGCUGCAUGGCUUCGAGUACCCGCUCGGCGAACGACUGAUUGUCAAGUUGCAGGAAUCGGGGCACGGGAGCAUGAUGUCGGGCGGCGCCGAUCUCUUCAGUUUCGAUACGCCCGGCGGCGUCGGCGGAAGACGCAGCGAUCCCAAUGAUAUUCCCUGCACCACACCCUUGCCUCCGAUCAAGCCGAUGGCAGCGAUGUCGGCUCCGUGCCGAAAACGACUCUUCAUUGUGUGCACAAAUGGACCCUUGCCCGCGAACAUUCUCAAAAAUGCAUUUUGCCGCUUUGGCGAUCUGAUCGAGGUUUUUCUGCUGCCCGGCAAGAAUUGCGGAUAUGCCUUGUUUGCGAACGAGACGUCGGCCGAGGACUGCAUGGCAACGUUGCAUGGCGCCGAACUCGCUGGCGUGCGACUCAAAGCGAUGGAAGCCGACGAACCGAAUCAGGGAGGCCGAAAACGCCUUCGGCAAGACGACAACUAGAAAGACCGAGGACGCAAUUUAUUUAUUUAUUCGCUGAAACACACAAACUCACACACUUAAACACAAACACACAAACACGCAAGAACAAACUCCAAUCAUUUUAACUAUUUUCAUUACAUUUAAUUAAUGUAUAAACACACUUGUAGCAAGGAAACUACUUAGGAACUUGUCGCUCAUACUCUUAUUAAUGACCGAAUCUGCUAUGGGUGAGACAUUUUAAAGAAAGAAAUACAAAAUAACCAUUUUAUUGCUUUAAAUGUGGACAAAAAAGACAAUUUUCUUUCUACAAAAAUUAAAAGUCAGACAAAAAAACUCGGACUGAAGCACAAAAAAGGACAUGUGACUUCAAUCUGACAUCUGAAAAUUCAUUUUUCACAAAGUCUUAGAAAUCUCAUUUUAAAAAAUCCAAAGGUAAGUUUCCUUUUAAUCAAAUUUUCAGUAUUGCUAAACAAAAAGCCUGAAU